CGGCGAUGUCCUUAUUCGAGUGAAACGUUCAGGUGCGCUUCAACCUCAGGAAAGCUCCUCAGAGUUGGUCAAAUGGAGACUCUCAGCUCAGUUAUCGGUCUUUUCUGAAACAUACACCAGUGCGUCGAAGGAAUAAGGCCGAUAAAAAGGAAAAUGUCGACUGAGGGUUGCUAAUGGCUUUCACCUUUCCUCAUAUGCUCGUCACAUUCUUGUUUUUCUGUUUCAGAUGUCACUUUUCUCGUCCCAUCUUCCUUUUCCACGCCUCUUAGCUCGGGGGUCCUAAUCUUACUUUUCAUGAACUAACCAAUCCAUCACACCUUCAACUGCUUUUAAGUCUCUUCAGCUAUUCUCUGUCUUCCUGGGUUCCCUCUUCUCCUCUCUUGUCAUGUCUGUAUCCAUGAGGAACACACUCCAGCGCCGGCGCUCCCUUGGUCCUGUCUCGCCCAAACGCAUCUAUAGAAGCCUGUCUGUCAGACUGAAGGGUGGAGAGUCAUCUGCUCACGGGGAAACGGACACACCCAAACGCCUCAGCAAGUCUGCAGAUGCUUACAAGACCCUGUGGGAGGCAGUGGAAAAUGAGGACACUUUGGCUGUACAAAGCCUGCUGUCCAGAGAUCACACCAACUGCGGAGGAGGAGGAAUAGGAGGAGGAGAAGGAAGCUUGUGGGAGAGAGGUGAGAAGAAAAAGAAGGACUGGGAAACAGAGAGGGAGAAGGCGGUGAACAGGGUGAGCGAACAGGGCCUGGUCCCGCUGGAUGUGGCUGCCCUUACUCACAAUUCACCUCUGCUCCACGUGUUGACAAAGGCAGGAGCCAGGCAUAACCCUGUCUUGUGCCAACCAGAAGAGUGGGCACUUAAGCUGGAUGCUCUGGUGGCACUGGCGGAUAAACGAGUGGAGGAGAGGAAGAAGGAGUUGGUGAGCAAGGCAGGGCCAGGGCCUCAGGCGCAGGCUGAUGUACAAAGACAUAUCCGCCUCUGGAGCCUCAGGCUGCAACUGUACUGUCGGAUGAGAGAGAACUUCCAAAACACAACACUCCCUGGCCCUCCCAGUCACGUGUCCAUCCUGGUGACCAGUGCAUCCUCACUGUUUGUGUCGAUUAAAGAGCCAGAGGGCAACAACAUGGGGCUCAUAACCCAGUACAGAGUGGAAUGGAGCACUUCAGCCAGCUUCAAACGCAUCCUUGGCUCAGCCCAAGUUUCAGAGACCAAGAAUCCAUCCUAUACUAUCAAAGGACUCACAGUAGGAGUGCAUUACUUUGUGAGAGUGAGUGCCUACAAUGUGAAAGGAUGGGGUCUGCCUCAGCGCUCCGCUCCAGUCAGCGCUGCCCCUUCCAGUUGGAGAGAGUGCACCGGUGUGAAGUCACAGUUCAGACACCAUGAAGGCCUGGUGAGGACGCUGCUGGAAGAUGCCAGGGAACCACAUUACAGAGGAUACUGCAUAGAGAGCUCUAAGCCCCAGAGCCCCAACAAGCGUCUGUCGGUGUCUCGAGGCAUCAAACAACUGUUCCAGUCGGCCACCAAGUUUGUUCGUCUCCUGCAGAGGGGCGUGUACUUGGCCACUGUGUUCUACCACAAGGACAACAUCCUGGUGACGGCUGAGGAUCAGAUUCCACUGGUGGAGAUCCACUGCUGCUCCACCUCCAUCACCCACGACUUCCUUUGGUUUGCCAAGUUGUCCUGUGCAUGGCAGCAGGUGCCCUGGCUGCAGCAGGCCCUUUCCUCUGCUCACUCAUCUCCCUCGUCCCUCCUUCAAAACAGGCACAACAUUUUAAGAGCCGUUUCUCAGCUGCAGUCUUCCCUGGGAACAGUGGACCUGGGUCAGGUGUACUAUGAACCCCUGAAAGACCGCCAGGGAAAUGUACUGCUAGUGACUCUGAAGGAGUUCUCAGACCCUCCCAGCUGUCCCGACCCGCCACUCCACUGGACGUCGCUGGCCCGCCUGGAGAAGUACCGCAGCAGGACCCCUCUCCUGCCUGAGCCCACUGCCAUGGACAUGCUCUACGAGCAGCUAAAGGAGAAGCUGUCCUUCCACAGGCACAGCAUCCAGUGGGCCCAGCCAGGUCUGUAUGUGGGCAUCCUGAAGCUGUGCAGCUCAGUGGAGCAGAUCAGGAUCCUGGUGCCACAGCGGCUGCCUAACAUGCUCUGCCACACAAGGGUCCGACACAACGCCCACGUGUCCAGAGACGAGUGGGCAUGGCUCCAGAGUCGUGUUUACACCACAGCCAGCGGCGGUGCUCACAGCCUGCUGGGCGGCGAGGACGAGAGCUCGAUGGAGAGCAGUGGGCUGACUGAGUUUGUCAGAUCUGUGAGAGCGGCGGUCACACAUCUCCUGACGAAGCUCAACAUCCCCCUCUACAGGGCCUAUCAGUACGGCGUGUACACCCGAGAGCUGCUGCAGUUUGGAGACAAGCUGUCCAUGCUGCUGCUGCUGCCUCCCAGUGAGGACUUCAGCUCCAGCUACUGGCCUCUGGUGGGGACCAAGGAGCCCGGCCUCACCAUGCCCCUACAGAUCUUUGAGCUGGUUCAUUUCUGGGCGUAUGAACGGGACUUCCUGGCCCAGUACUGCCAGGCCUGGGUGAGGCUGGAGGUGGACACUCAUCUGGCCCAGCAGGCUCUGCGGGAGGCGCUCGACACCCGGGAGGUGCAGGAAGCCCGAGAGCGCCUGAAGCACAUCACUGCGAUUUCCCAACGUCUAGAUGUGGUGUGGAGGGACGCCCGCUGGAUUAUGGACUGUCUACAGUGUGUUCGGUCAAAGCAGUGGGUGGGGGCGGUGCCCCUAGGUCUAGUGAUGGGAGGAGACCCGCCCCCACGUCCCGAUGGUGAGGAAGAGGAGAGUUUGACCGCCAGACUAAAAUGGCCCAAUGGGACACAAGCACAGAAAACCAUUACAGAGAGUUUAGUCAGUGGGAACCUGCCACAUGUCGUCACGGCCGAGGUCUCUGAUCCUGCAGGAAUCAUGGUUGACCCUGCAGAGUCUGAGCUGGUGUUAGCAGAAGGUGUGGCAAAGGGAGGGUACCCUGUGGACAUCUCUGCCCAGUCAGCUGUGGACUUGACAAGCCAGUCAGAAGGAUGUGCGAGUGCUUUAAUCAAGUCUGGACUAGACACAGUACUGGACAUGCAGGAGUCCUCCAGCAGGAAACAGGACUUUGCUUCCAGCAUCACUGAGGUGAUCUGGCCGAUGGAGAUGGCAGAGCUGGUGGACAUCUUGCCUGCACUGAGUCUCACCGAGGACGAGACCCCCAGUGGCCUGUCCACAUCAUCAGCACUGGACAUACUAGAAAGCUUUGGACUGGGGAUUGGAGAAAACAGCAGCUUCUUUGAUUUAGGGAGUUCAGACAUGACCAACGGAGCCGGGUGCCUCUCGCAGCCCGACCUGCUCUGUAACAGCAGCAGCAGCAGUGAGACAGAGACACACAGCGAGAUCACUGUGUUUCAGGGACAACGCAUGUCGGCCUUUCACACCGUGGGUGACGACAUGCCUGUGUCGAGCUGGGACACUCAGAAGGUUCCCAGCAAAGCAGCAUGCCUUCCAGUGAGAAGCCUGGUGGAGUGGGACAGAACCUCGAACAGCUCGUCCUGACAUCGACUCUACUAACGGCCUGCGCACCACUUAUUCCUAGACAGUAAUGGAAAUGCUUGUCCUUAAUACCUGACUUCUGAUCAUUUGCACAGUUAACAAGUGACCUCAGCUACAGCUUCAUCUAAAACACUGUAGCUGAUCUGAUUUAUGUGGUUUGCUCAUUUCUGGUCCUGUAGUUUCUUUUCUAAUGAUCAAUCAGAGCUUCUGUGACUAAACUAAGCUACUGCACAGUAACACUCACUACAGCUCAAAGCAACACUGUUACUUUCUGGAGUCAAACUAACCGAUUAAAUUCAUACAGUUCAGUAAAAUCUAAGCAUUUUCUUUGCAGUCUUUGAAAUAUUGUUAUAGUGUCGAUGUAAAGUGUUGGGACCCCUUCACUUUUUGCACAUUUUGUUGUGCUGUAGAUUUCAUUUUAAAUUCUCUGAUGGAGAAGCUGCUCGUCCUUCUGCAGUUUCUCCAUCUCUGCAGAUGACUUCUGAAGCUCUGCCAGAGGGACCACUGGGUCCUUGGUCUGCUCCUUGACCAAUGGCCCUUCUUGCCUUGUUAGUCUGGUCGGACACUGACUCCUGCUGGUACCAGACUUCUUUCGUGUCCCAGUUACUGAGGCCACUGUGCGCCCGGGGCCACUCAGAGCUCUAAACAUGGGCCUGAUCUGGGCCUCACCACAGUCUGACCACAGAGGUCUACAGAGAGUUCCUGGACUUCACAUCUUGUUUGUGUCCUAACAUGCAGUAGGACAUGAACUGUAGGACAUAUACACAGGGUGUCUUUCUAUGCUCUGUCCAGUCAGUUCAGGUUGACAGAUGCACACCAGUCAGGGUCUAGACACAUGUCAACCAGGAUGCACCUGACCACAAUGAAGAGAUUUCAUUUCAAAUACAUUUGCACAAAUUACUAAAAACAUUUUACUUUAUCAUUUUUGAAUAUUGAAUGCAGAUUCAUGGUCAAAAAUUGUAAUGUAUCUAAUUAAAGUUGAAUUGCAAACACAAAGUGUGCAAAAAGUGAGAUGUCUGUACAGCCUGCUCUUGAAACUAUUUUAUACUUUAUAUUUCACCUCAUCU